AAAUUAUGUAACCAGUGGCGGCUUUUCUCUUGUUUCAUUCAUGUAUGUUGCCACGGAAACAGUUACGUAGUUUCAUAAAGGAGGUACUGACUGGAAGCUGGACCGGAAGUAGCUGAAGAUGGGAGCCACAGCCAGUCAGCUUGAUAAAGGAAUGUUAUCCGAAUAUCAAGAGCUAACAUUCCUCACAAAACAAGAAAUUCUCCUUGCUCACAAGAGAUUUAGCGAACUGGUGCCGAAGGAGGAAAUAGAUCGAAUAAAUUGCAGAAUCCCCAUGAGCCUCAUCCUCACUCUGCCUGAACUCAAGUCCAACCCUUUCAACGAGAGAAUCUGUAAGGUGUUCUCCACCUCUGACAUUAAAGAUGGAAGCCUCAGCUUUGACGACUUCCUCGAUCUUUUGAGUGCCUUCAGUGAUUCAGCAACUCUGGAAAUCAAAUCUCACUAUGCAUUCCGGAUAUUUGACUUUGAUGAUGACGGGACACUUGGUCGCCACGAUCUGGAGAAACUGGUCAACUGCUUGACUGGUGGGACAGAUGAUACAAACCUAACUCCGGAUGAAAUGAGACAGCUCAUCGACAACAUCCUUGAAGAGUCGGACAUCGACAAGGAUGGGACUGUGAACCUCUCUGAAUUUCAGCACGUCAUUUCAAGAUCACCAGAUUUUGUCAGCUCGUUCAAGAUUGUGCUGUAAAGACCCUCACCGGACCACGGAAAUACACCUCUCUACAUUUUGACAUAGUAUUAGUUAGUCCAAUGAUUGUUCACAGAACUGCCUUAAAUUAUACUUAUCCAAGAAUGAAAAAAAAUUAAGCUCUUUUUUAAUGACUGUAAAUAAAUGGUUUAUACAUAG